CACUGUGAGAUCUUAUGUUGCAAGCUUGAACUUUGUAGAUUUAGCUGGGAGUGAAAGGGCAUCACAGACAAAUGCAGAUGGUGCCCGGCUUAGGGAAGGCUGCCAUAUCAAUCUUAGUUUAAUGACUCUUACAACAGUAAUUAGGAAGCUCAGUGUGGGAAAACGAAGUGGCCAUAUACCCUACCGAGACUCGAAGCUUACACGCAUAUUGCAGCAUUCACUGGGAGGAAAUGCACGGACUGCCAUCAUAUGCACAUUGAGUCCAGCGUCAAGUCAUGUUGAACAAUCUCGUAACACUCUGUACUUUGCUAGCCGAGCAAAGGAAGUGACUAAUAAUGCUCAAGUUAACAUGGUAAUUUCAGACAAACAGCUUGUCAAGCAUUUGCAGAAAGAAGUAGCAAGGCUCGCAGCAGAACUACGCACACCAGAUCCAUCGAAUGAGAAAGAUUUCAAAAUUCGGCAGAUGGAGAUGGAAAUUGAGGAACUGAGGCGUCAAAGGGAUCUCGCACAAUCUCAUGUGGAUGAGCUAAAACAAAAACUUAACGAGGAUCAG